AUGAGCGAACAAAAGCAAGACCUGUUCAAACCAGUAGGUGAAGCUGCUGCAGAGAUUGAAAAUGAAACCGUAGCUGACCACAGCGAAGCUAACGACGGUGUUAAGUUGACCGGUGCAGAAGACGCUAUGGGCCACCCAGUACAGGAGGUCGAGUCUCUUUGCAUGAACUGUGGCAAAAACGGUACAACGAGACUUUUGCUGACUUCUAUUCCAUAUUUCAGAGAAAUCAUCAUCAUGUCUUUCGAGUGCCCACAUUGUGGGUUUAAGAACUGUGAGAUUCAACCAGCCUCCCAAAUCCAAGAGAAGGGUUCCCGUUACAUUCUGAAAGUAGAGUGUCGUGAAGAUUUUAACAGACAAGUUAUCAAGUCAGAAACUGCCACUUGUAAAUUUGUCGAACUAGACAUUGAAAUUCCUGCCAAACGAGGCCAACUUACCACAGUAGAAGGUUUGUUAUCAGAGAUGAUCGACGAUUUAUCGCAAGACCAAAAGAUGAGAAAAUCUAUAGACGAGAAUCUUUACAACAAGAUCGAUGACUUUAUAAAAAAAGUUAAAUCGUACAUCAACUGUGAACCCAACACUAUACCUGUAACAUUUGUUUUGGAUGACCCUGCCGGAAAUUCCUGGAUUGAAUACAAACCUGGCGAGCCUCAGCACAAAUGGUCUCAUACCCAAUACGUAAGAACUGAUGAACAAAACGUUCAAGUCGGUAUUAUCACGAGAGACCAGCUGGAACAACGUCGCCAAGAACAACUCAAGCAAUUGGCCAAUCGUGAAAGAAACCCAUCUGAAUCGGUUAAAGUUGGCUCAGCCAAUCCUCAGUUUUUAUCAGAUGCCACAGACAUCGAAAACUUCAAUAACGAAGUGCAAACAUUCAGAGCUUCUUGUCCAUCAUGCACCCAAGAGUGCGAAACUCAUAUGAAGCCGGUAAACAUUCCACAUUUCAAAGAAGUUAUCAUUAUGUCUACGGUUUGCGAUCACUGUGGUUACAAGUCUAAUGAGGUGAAGACAGGUGGUGCUAUUCCAGACAAGGGGAGAAGAAUCACCCUUUACUGUGAUGAUGCAGCCGAUCUAUCCCGUGAUAUUUUGAAGUCUGAAACAUGUAGUAUGGUUAUCCCUGAAUUGCAUCUUGAUAUUCAAGAGGGCACAUUGGGUGGUAGAUUCACCACUUUGGAAGGCCUAUUAAGACAAGUUUACGAAGAAUUGGAGUCGCGUAUUUUCACCCAAACUUCGGAUUCCAUGGAUGAAGCAACGAAGAGCCGUUGGAUAGAUUUUUUUGCCAAGCUAAAGGAGGCCAUUGCUGGAAAAGUCAAAUUUACAGUGGUUAUGGAGGAUCCAUUAGCUGGUUCGUACAUACAAAAUGUCUACGCCCCUGAUCCAGAUCCGAAUAUGACUAUUGAAGAUUACGAAAGGACAAAGGAACAAAAUGAAGACCUCGGAUUGUCCGAUAUAAAGGUAGAGUAA